AUGGAAACAACGUUGAAUAAAGAUGAACAGAGUAAUCAAGAUGAUUCUGAUUCUUCUGAAAUUGAUGAAGUAGAACCUAGACUAAAAUAUGUGAGGAUUCGCAAUGAUUUAGAACAUAUCCUACAGAAUGAUGCAGCUAGCUGUAUUGCUGUACAUCCAAAGUUCCUCUGCCUAGGAUCACAUUGGGGAAUGAUCCAUCUUCUGGACCACCAGGGGAACAAUGUAAAGUCUAAAACAUUACAGGCACACACAGUGGCAGUCAAUCAGAUUUCUAUAGACCAUAAUGGUGACUUCAUUGCUUCUUGUAGUGAUGAUGGAAAGGUUUUCAUUUAUGGAUUAUACAGUACAGAGAACAAUCAUAACAUGAGUAUGGGCAGACUAGUGAAAAGUAUAGCAAUCGACCCGAAUUAUUACAAAAGUGGCAGUGGCAGAAGAUUUAUUACAGGUGAUGACAAACUGGUGCUCUAUGAGAAGACUUUUCUGGCCAGAAUGAAGUCAACGGUUCUUUGUGAAGCAGAAGGUGGAGUGAGAUCUGUUGCUUGGUCUAGUCGCUUUGUAGCCUGGGCCUCUGACACCGGUGUGAGAGUUUAUGACCUUGAUGCCAGAUGUUCGUUGGGACUCAUCAAGUGGUCUCGUACAGCAGAUGCAUCGCCAGAACAUUAUAGAUGCAAUCUGCAGUGGUCGGAUGAUAAAACACUGUUGAUUGGAUGGGUAGACGUCGUUCGGGUCUGUCAAAUUAGAAAACGUACCAUGCAAGAAAUGGUGAAUCGAGAUUUACCCGAAUUUGUAGUAGAUCCAGUGUCGACAUUCCAAGUAGAUUUUUAUAUAUCGGGUAUAGCGCCACUGGGAAAUCAGUUAGUAUUGCUGGGAUGUCUAAAAGCACUGGACGAAAAUGGGAAGAGUCAGCGUCCAACUUUGCAUGUUGUUGAACCUAAUGGUCAAGAUUUCUCAGUGAUAUGCGCAAAUUCGCUCACCCUACGUGGCUAUAAGGAGUAUAGCUGCAACGAUUACCAUCUAGAUUGUUUAAAAGAGGAAAAUAGAUUUUUCAUUGUCAGUCCAAAAGAUAUCGUAGUAGCCAGUUUAUACGAUGCAGACGAUAGAAUCGACUGGCUGUUGAGCCACGGAAAAUUCGAGCAAGCUCUAGAAGCUGUAACAACGAACGGCAAAGAUUGCAAAAAGCACACAUUGUUAUAUGUGGGCCGUACCUAUUUGGAUCACUUGUUAAAGUACAAAAGAUACGACGAGGCAGGAAAACUUUGUCUUAAGAUUUUAGGACGAAACAAAAAAUUGUGGGAGGAAGAGGUUUACAAAUUUGCCAGAGUACAUCAAUUGCGUUCCAUCUCGUCUUAUUUGCCACGCGGUGAUGUCACUCUCGAUCCGUUGAUCUACGAGAUGGUAUUGUACGAAUACCUGAAGAUGGAUCCCGACGGUUUCCUGCAACUAGUCAAAGAGUGGUCUCCGAGUUUGUACACAGUAGCGGCGGUAGUUAACGGUGUGUUGGAGCAUUUAUUAGUCCACAAUCAACGACAGAACGUAUUGUUAGAAGCGUUAGCAAUUUUAUAUAUCUACGACGGCAAAUACGACAAGGCGCUCGCCAUGUACUUGAAGCUGCGACACAAAGACGUCUUCCAAUUGAUCCAGAAGUACCAGUUGUACAGUUCGAUAUACGAAAUGAUCGAAGGUCUGAUGGACCUGGACACGGAGCGUGCCAUACAGUUUUUCUUGGAAAAAGAUAGGGUGCCGUCUGAGGUUGUUGUACAGAAAUUGCAGCAUAAUCAACGUUAUUUAUACCUGUAUUUGGAUGCCUUAGACAAAAAAGAUACAAAGGAUUCUAAAGGCAAAUAUCAUGACUUGCUGAUACGAUUAUACGCCGAUUAUUCGAGGGACAAGCUGUUGCCGCUCUUGCGUCGCUCGGAUAGUUAUCCGAUACAGCAAGCUCUGGAUAUAUGUAGUCAGCGUCAAUUUUAUCCCGAAAUGGUGUAUCUAUUAGGUAGAAUGGGGAAUACUUCAGAAGCUUUGGCACUCAUGACGAGGGAACUCAACGAUAUGGAGAGCGCCAUUGCAUUUUGCCAAGAACACGAUGACAAGGAAUUAUGGAAUGAUUUAGUUAAUUACUCACUCGACAAACCUGCGGCUAUUACGUUCCUUCUUCAAAGGAUCGGUACUUACGUCGAUCCUCGACUCAUGGUACAAAGGAUAGAGCCCACUUUGGAAAUUCCAGGACUGAAAAAAGCCUUGGUCAAGAUGAUGUGUGACUAUAAUCUGCAGGUGUCUGUGCAAGAAGGUUGUAAGAAGAUCCUGUCGAAUGAUUACUUCAACCUUCAUGAGAGGCUCGUUCGUUGUCACCAGAAAGGCAUAUUUAUUGAUGACGAUCAAAUGUGUGGAGCUUGCCAUAGGAAGAUAAUUGUAAGAGAGCCGCGGAACAUGGUUGUAUUUUAUUGUAAGCACUCUUUCCAUGAGGACUGUCUACCAAACUUUGAAUUGGUUGAAAAUUGUGUAAUUUGCAAUUCGCAGAAAGAGAUGGCGCCUGGAAGAAAAUGAUAAAGACCCCGUGAACGUCGCACACAAUGUCAGAUUGGAUCUUCGGAUGUUGCUGUAAAUGUAUGUCAAUGACAGAUUUGCUUUGCAAAUUAAUCGACGUCUCAAACUUUCGGUUCCUUAGCGAACGCUUUGAAGUGUUGUAUUGUGAAGUCUACGACGUCAACAGGCUUCACUGAUUAAAGAUUAAAGAUGAUGGAAAGAUUGGUUAAUGAUACCAUAUCUUGUCAAAGCAGAUUGGGUACAAAGUUUAUGAACUGCAAAUGAAUGAUUACCGAUGAGGAGAGUCAGAACGUAGUCCGCAAUUAGCUGUUUUAUUUCAGGAUGAACCGCCAGAUAGUCUGUGUGUUCGGUUAUGUUGCAAGACUGUCAAAGGAGAAAAUUUCUUUGUAAUAUUUUUACAAAUAUAUACACACACACACAUAUUUACGAUAAUAAGGAGAUAAUAUUUCGAAUAAAAAUUGUAACAUUUAGAGAGUAUAUACAAAUUUAUAAUAGAGAAAGCUAUAGUUUGUAUUUAUUAUUAGUAACAAUCUCUACAGAUUUGUCUUAAUAUAAAUGAGGAGGAUAGUUAUUCAAACAUCAAAUUCACAAGAAAUACAUGAACAGUCUGAUAACCUCAUUAUCAUCGUUUCUCU